UAUAAUUAAGUUGCUAAGCAACAAAAUAAUUGCAAUUUUUGAUAAAAAUCGAUUAUUGUUAUUGGUAAUUGGGAAAGUUGAUAGUUUUACUGUAUUUUAUCUGAUUUAUAAUGGCAGACGAAGAACCUGGUCAACUAGGCGAAGAGCAAUUAGGAGAAGGAGAGAUAGAACAUCAUGAAGAAGAAGUGGUAGAAGAGGAACAAGAACCAGAAGAAUCAGUUUUAACAGAAUAUGAUCCUGAUGAUUUUCUAUCAGGCGCUAUCAAUAGCUUGGAUUCGACAAUUCCUUUAGAUUUCUUAGAGUUUGAAUAUUCUUUUGGAUAUAACUGUCUCAAGUACUUCAAUUUAUGUGCAUGCGAUGAGACAGUAAUUUGCUGGUCGGCUGGCAGUAUUAUAACUUUCAUGGAUGUGAAAACUAAACAAACUUGGUUUCGUAGAAGCACUACAGGGGGCUCUGUUGGCAAUAUUACGUCUUACAGAGUAGAUCCGAACUACCGUAUAGCAAUAGCAGAAGGCAGAGAGGGUGACCGCGACCCUUUAAUACUACUCUACACCUGGCCUCAGAUGGAUAUAGACGCCGUGUUACGAGAUGGAACGGCUAAUGCUUACUCUAUUAUGGACUUUAGUCCAGAUGGAGAGCUUCUUGCGUCAGUAGGCAAAGAACCUGAUUACAAUUUGACCAUAUGGAACUGGAAGAAACAUAAAAUUCUCUUGAGAACUAGUGCUUUCUCUUUCGAUGUUAAUGCCGCGAUGUUUUCAAAAUAUUGCCCAGGACAAUUAACUACGGCUGGGGCUGCACAUAUUAAAUUUUGGAAAAUGGCAGAAACAUUUACGGGACUCAAACUAAAGGGAGACCUCGGGAGAUUUGGUAAGACUGAAAUUUGCGACGUCCUAGGCGUAUAUCCUAUGCCAGAUGAAAAGGUGUUGUCCGGAUGCGAAUGGGGUAACAUUCUAGUUUGGGAAGCUGGACUCGUUAAGUUAGAAGUAACACAACGUGGUAGGAAGACUUGCCAUAAAGCGCCUGUUAUUCAAUUCAUGCUAAGUCCAGCGGGCGACGAGGUGACGACUAUCUCGCGGGACGGUUGCGUCCGCGCCUGGUACUGGGACACGGUGGAGCAAGCCGACCCUCCGGAAGACGACCCUUAUGUUGAGCUCAAUCCUGUUGCUGAAACAUGUGUACCGGGAUGUCAGAUCAUGUGUCUCAAACAUCAGAAGGAUAUGUAUUGGUAUGCACAGGAUGGUAAUGGUGGUAUAUGGACGGUGGACAUUGAGAUCGAUAAAAUAGAGUGUAAUCAUAACAAAAUAUCGACGUACCACUCUGGGGAAGUGAUCGCGAUGGUGGUGCUCCGCUUGCAUCCUAUCCUGCUGACGGUGGGCUGCGACGGCGCGCUGCAGGCUUACAGCACGGACACGCAGCUGCUGUUGGCCAGGUAUCAGUUCCCCUGCGCUGUCACUUGUAUGCUGUACCCGCCGCACGAGGUUGAUCCAAGUGGGAGAAUAAUUCUAAUAGGAUUCUCAGACGGCGUGAUGCGAACUCUAUUGAUACAUCCAGAUAUAAUGCAAACAGCCACCGCCCUCAUCGAUGUGCGGAUCCAUUCCGCUCUCACCAUACAUAGUGAGGAUUCCGUAAAUCCUGAUGCACUGGAUCUGAUUUCGUUGCUCAAGCCCCAUUCGAAAUCUUUAACGCAAAUAACAAUCAAUAACCAAAACACGUUGCUAGUCACAAGUGGAGAGGACAGUACAAUAUUUAUGUAUGAAUUGAAAGCUGGUACACCCUUCACUCUGAACAGAUUAGGAUUUAUAAUCACCCCUAGUACGGUAUCAUAUAUGACUUGGAAACCAGAAGAGGAGAGAGUAUUACUUUUGUGUGGGCCAGUUGGUUUUUUAAUGGAAGUAGUGUUACCUGACGCCAAAGUUCAAAAGUAUUCUGAGAUAACAACAUUCAAAUUGGAAUUUGUAUCUUCUAAACAAACUCAAAUUAAGAAACAUUUCAUGCGUCAUCGCCCUUUCCCACAAGAAGAGGACCUAGCCAGUAUUGACGAGGAAGCAUUAAAAGCUAAAGAGGAAGCUGAAAAGGAGAAGGAUGACGAAGAAGAAGAAUGGAUAGGAGAAAUUCAACUAAUCGAAGAUGAAGCGAUAGCUGGUACAACACUGACGUGGGCGGCGUACUGCGAGGAGGGAGUGUGGACAGUGCAGCAGGACACCGGCGCCUUGCUGCUCGUACGACCGGGGCUUAGCAAAAUAUUUAAGUACGGUCCUAUACCUGAAGCGUGGACUGAAGAUAUUACCACUUUGAAGUUCAUAUGCGAUGGUGCAUAUUUAAUGUUAGGCACAAAUACGGGUUACAUCCGAGUGGUGAGAAUGCCUGUGGAAGAUGAAGAUAAUGAGGAUUACCACUACUUGACCUGGAAAAUGGCUCAGCAAAAACUGCUGCGCAAACUCAAAGGCAGACGACUGGCUAAAGAAGAGACUCAACCAACACCACGCAUUGAUUUUAAUGACUACUAUUAUCUACCCAUGCAUGAUUUUUACACGGGAGCUAUAACUUGCAUCGAGAUUAGUGCAGAUGGAAGGCGGCUGUUUACAUGUGGAAAAGAUGGAAAUAUUUUUUCCUACACCAUCAACUUCCCGGAGCCGUUGAUACCUAAAGUGAAAUUAAAACCAAUAGAUCUGCCAAAAGUACCAAAGAUGAAAGAACCGAGUACCAUAGAUGGGGAACUGAUGUCUCACGAACAACUGAAACAGAAGGAAGAGUACGAUAAGAAAAUGGCGAUAGCCAAUGCUCACAAGAAGCUAGUUCGUGAUCAUCUCGCAGAACUUACUGUUGAAUAUAACAAACUUAUCAAAGCGAAUAAGGCACUACCAUAUUCUCAACAAAUCGAUGUGACGCUGGACCCUCGACCACUUAUAGAACAAGAGAAGGAGCUAGACGAAGCCAAGGCUCUAACAAAGAGGAAACUCGCACAUCAGUUGGAGGCUUCCGACUUGGGCUAUCAGAAAAUGUACACACGAAAUAUAAUACAGCUUGAUGUAUUUCCCUUUACACUUAAAGCCAUCAGGGAUCCAAAUAUAAUGUUGAGACCUCUGCGACAGAAAAAUCUUUCUAAAGCAUUCUAUGAACAGUUUGAUGAAGUGCAUCAGAAAAUGGCUGAAGCCGCUUUACGGGGAAGACGGGCGGACUCCAUCGCACGUCGGGUUAUUUCAAAGAAAGCCUCGUGGGGUCCACCGCGAGUGGCUUCCUUCUUACUGGGACUACCGCCUCGUGCGCCGCAUCCAUUGAAAAAAGCUAUUAGAAAUUACUAUCAGCGUUUGAACCGUCAUCAUCUACAGUUUAUUGAGUGGCAUGAGCAUUCAGCUCGUAAACCAGACCCGAAUGCGAUGCCGCCGGGCGCGGCUGAAGCUCUCAAAGAAGCGGAGGCGACUAUUGGCAACAGAUUGCUGAAGACGCAACCGGAUUAUGUCGCACCACCGGGACACAACACGCAACUAAGGAUAUGCACGACUAGAAAAGAGAUCCACGACAACAAACACGAGUUCAAUGAAAAGGUUCUCGAGUUGCGUCAGCACAAGCUGCGGCUGGUGGAUCGCAUGAAGUCGAUUGGGGACAGACUGGGAGAGAUCCGCUUGGAGAUACCACACAGCAUGGUGAAGCACCCACCGCAGGUGCCGGCCAUCGAUGAAGCCCUGGAAUUCCCGGAGAAAAAUUUAGAGAUUAAGCCAGAAGUAACGGUAAAACAUCAUAUGGCAAUGACGAAGAAGAUUCAACAGGACAGAAGGAAGUCAUUAGCACCGUCGCAGCCGCGCUCGCGUCCUUCACGUGUUGCGAGAUUCGUGCCCAUAACAGUAACGCGACCGUUGGCUGCUUCGUGGGAGCUUUUAAAAUCAAAACAAGAUCAAGAGACGUCUGCUACAGAAAUAGAAAUUAGAGAAAGACGUGUCAAACGACACCUUUACGAACAAGACUUGUUGCUGGCGGACGCCGCAGUUUCAAUACAGCAGUUUGAUUCCCGUUUAAGAGAACUCCAAAGAGAGCGCAUACGAGUACAAGAAAAGAAUCAACUUCUGGAGCUGCAUUUGUAUCAAUUGCAUCGUGAAAUGAAUGUUUUGAACCGUUUCGAAGCGCACGAAGACCGACUGGCUGAGCGCGUCUACGUCAAACUGAUGCAGAUUCGAGGAGUUCAGGAGCAGGUCGAGGACUGCGAGCAUCGUAUCGAUGAGCAUUACACGGAGAAGGAAAUGCUGGACGCCGCCUGCCAAGAAAUACAGUCGCAGUUCAAGCGGCUGGUACACGACAACAAGUUUGCUGACUUCUUACGAAGGAUCUUUAAGAAGAAGUACCGGCCUCCUCGGGAUAGAGAUGAUGAUGAAUCUUCGGAAUCGGAAUCCGAGUCUUCGUCGAGUGAGGAAGAAGACGACGCGAGUUUGGACAGUCGCGACAUCGGGCCCAUACGACUGGACCCCAACGUCUGCCCUGAGGGCUGCGAGCAGGAGAUCUAUGAUAAGACAUAUGACUUACGUAACACCAGGCACCGACAUGAGCAGGAAAUGAUAGAAAAAGACCGUCUGGUAGAGCUACUGCGCAAAGACAUCGAGGCUCACAACAAAGUGAAACGCACGUUGACCAUACAACUGGACAAGAGGAAGAACGACCUCAGAGAAUUUAUGAUGGAGAAACAGAACUGCAUGAACGAAGUGGAGCAAGUGGUGGUGCUGCGCUACGACCAGCUGCGCGCGUCGGCGCUGCGCGGCUGCACGGGCCCGCAGGGGCUCUCCAACACGGUGGUGUUCCCCGAGCGCCUGCUGCACAAGCUGCGCCAGCGCGUGCUCGAGCUGCGCGACGAGAUCAAGCUGCAGAGGAAGAGACAUAAGAUAAACCGCACACAUCUGUUCCGUAUGAACAUUGACCUGCGAGCGAUGGAGGAGCAGGCGAGCGAGCUGCGCGCGAAGAUGCGCGACGUGCUGACGCGCAAGCUCGGCAAGCCGCGCCGCGUCGACCGCACGCUGGACGACCUGCUGCGCCAGAUGGCGCGCCGCCACAAGUUCACCUCCGCCGUCGGCACCAUGCCGCAGAUGCAAAUGCAGAUCCGCCAGUGGCACGAACGCCUUGGAGAAUUGGAGAAGAAAUAUUUGAAAGAAUUGGAUCAUUACUCUGAGCGUCUACGCCUAGCUUCAGCUCUACAAGCGGACAUCUUGCCUCAGAAGCCGUGUAAAGAUCCAAAUAUAAUGGUUGGGAGUUAUGAACCGGAGCAAUACCAACGAGACGUGGUCCGUCUACGAAUAGUGAGGUCGCAGCAACUGCACCAAAUAGCGGCUCUGAAAGAAGAGAUAAAAGGUCUUAGAACAAAGCCAUUCUCUGGGAAAUUGGACGUGUUGCGGAGACCGCCGCCCCUCGAAGCUGAACAAUCGGAACUAUGUCUUAGUCCAAUAAAACGAACAACCAGACACACCAAGAAGAAAUAUUUUCCAAUUACACCGAUAGGUUCGCAGACGCAGGUGGUGCAGGAGGUGAACGUGAUGUCGCUGCUGUUCGACUGCCUGGACGCCAUGCGCGUCACACGAGACGACGCGGAAGAACUGCUCAAAGAUCUCACAGACCAACUGCCUGAAGUUUUAGCUGGAACAAAAUCUCGCUUCGAAGUGAUCGACUCGCUCGUUCGCAAAUGGCUACUGAAACACGGCGGCGAUCCGAGUCUUUACAAGAAACAGACGCGAGCUUUCGACACCCUCGCCGCGCUGGCAGACCGCCUCAUCAAGGAACAUAUUGCAGAGAUGGAAGGAGCAGAACCCAAGGAAUUGCAAGUAAUGAAAUCAUUAGAAGAUGCUUUAAGAGAAGUAUCGGAUAAAGACCAAUCACUUCACAAACGGCUCGGGCCGGCAAUAGCAGCGCUGAUCCACACCACCGAUAUAGAGGAAUUAGCUACUCAAACGACCAUGACAUUGUUGGUCAAUUCACUCAUAGAAGGCGAUCACAGACUUACUGCAGAGUCUAUUGACCGCAUUCAGCCCGAAGACGUUAUAGAAGACAUAAGGGAAUGCGGCGUUAGGGCUCCAAUUAAUGCUCUAAGGAAAAUAGUUAAAUUCGCUGUGGAUUGUCUCCGCGCCCAGCUUAUUGGACCCGAAGAAGCAAAGUUCUUGGAUGCCGAAGUUACUAAAGCUUUGUCAGUUGAAUCUAUUAGUAAAAAAUGAUAUUAAAGUUCGUAGAA